AUGGAGCCGCGAACCGAUGGAGCCGAGUGUGGAGUUCAGGUAAAUCCCUAAUUUUUCAUGGCGAAAUUUUUGAGAAAAAUCAAUAUUUUUCCAGGUGUUUUGUCGUAUUCGGCCGCUAAACAAAACUGAAGAGAAGAAUGCCGAUCGAUUUUUGCCGAAAUUCCCAUCGGAGGAUAGUAUUUCACUAGGGGUUAGUGCUUUUUUUCAUAUUUAUUUUUUAUUAUAAAUACUUUGAAACAUUGAAAAAAAUGUGAAAAGAGGGAAUUUGCACAGCUGUGGCAGCUGGGAUGGUGACGUGGAAUUGAAAAUUUUGUGAAAUUUAUACAAGGCUGGCGAAUCCGCCCAGUCUAAUUAAGGGACCAAGAUUUCUUCCCCUCGCAUUUCUUGGUACCUAAAAAUGUAUUUCAAAAAUAUAAUUUUAUGUGGCUCAAAAAUUCUGAAAAAAGAAAAACAGUCUUAAAUUUGAAUUUCAAAUUUUCGCUCGCAAAAUUCAAAUUUUUAAUUGACUUCAAAAUUUAUUGACUUCUAGCUGUGCUAAAUUUUUCAUUCAAAGUCACAUCAACUUUUGCCACGUAGCUUUUCGGCUUCUAGAAUUUACAUUUAUAAAUUCAAAUUUUUCUGUGAACCUCAAGGUGGUAAAUUCUACUUCGAAAAAUUCUAAAGAAGAGUUUCCACAUGACAAACAAAAAUUCAAAACAAAUUUAAUUUUUGCAGGGAAAAGUGUAUGUAUUCGACAAGGUUUUCAAGCCAAAUACAACCCAAGAACAAGUGUAUAAAGGUGCCGCUUAUCAUAUUGUGCAAGAUGUGUUAUCCGGUUAUAAUGGAACUGUUUUCGCUUAUGGUCAAACAUCUUCCGGAAAAACACAUACAAUGGAAGGAGUUAUUGGAGAUACUGGUUUAUCUGGAAUUAUUCCAAGAAUUGUUGCUGAUAUUUUCAAUCAUAUUUAUAAUAUGGACACUGAAUUACAAUUUCACAUCAAAGUUUCGUAUUAUGAGAUUUAUAAUGAGCGAAUUCGGGAUUUGUUAGAUCCAGAAAAAGUGAAUUUGUCGAUUCAUGAGGAUAAAAUGAGAGUGCCUUAUGUGAAAGGAGCAACUGAAAGAUUUGUUGGAUCCCCGGAUGAAGUAUUGCAAGCAAUUGAAGACGGAAAAUCGAAUCGAAUGGUUGCUGUCACAAGUAUGAGAGAUUUAAAGGGACAUUUUAAAACAUUCCGAUUUUGAGCGCGGAAAAUUUAAUUUUCGAAAAAAAUCACUACUAGAUAUUCUUUUUCGCGGGAAAAGUAGAAAAAACCGGGCGUUUUAAAACAUUUAAUGAAAUUAAAUUAUUUUAACACAAUUCAACUCUCAUUUUUUUGCAGACAUGAAUGAACAUUCAUCGCGUUCUCACUCGGUUUUCUUGAUAACAGUCAAACAAGAACAUCAAACCACCAAAAAACAAUUGACCGGAAAAUUGUAUUUGGUCGAUUUGGCUGGUUCAGAAAAAGUAAGCAAAACUGGAGCACAAGGAGCUGUACUUGAAGAAGCAAAAAACAUCAACAAAUCAUUGACUGCUUUGGGUAUUGUUAUUUCUGCUUUGGCCGAAGGAACCAAAUCACAUGUUCCAUAUCGUGAUUCGAAAUUGACACGUAUUUUGCAAGAAUCAUUGGGAGGAAAUUCAAGAACUACUGUCAUUAUUUGUGCUUCUCCUUCACAUUUCAAUGAAGCUGAAACAAAAUCGACAUUGUUGUUUGGACAAAGGUUUGAUUUUCGGGAGGGAAACAUCUAA